AUGUUACCGCCAAUACCAGACAUCUGCAUGAAAUCGACAAUUUCCAUUGUUUUCAGGAAAUUUAGCCUUCGCAAUGGAGUUGCUUAUCAGAGGUUUCUCCAAAGAGCUCAUCUCCAUCAAAACUCACUUCUUCAACCUAUCACACCCCAAGCACUCAUUGACCUACUUCAAGAAUCCAAAAGGGUUCAAUCAAUCAGCGCAAUAAAGGAAGUCCAUGCACUCGCCAUCACCAUCGGGCCAAGUUCUGCUGACCCUGUUGUUCUCCACAAUAGUAUCAUCUCAAAGUAUGCGUCUUUGGGGGAAUUUGUCGGAGCUCGCCACUUGUUUAACAGAAUGCCGGAUCGAAGUGUUGUGUCAUAUAAUUGUAUGAUCAAAGCUUGUUUUAGUGAUGGGAAUUUGCAGGAGGGUUGGAAAUUGUUCGCUGAUAUGAGAAAUAAUGGAUUUUACCCUACGGAACGCACGAUUUGUGGCCUUUUCUCUUCUGAUGGAACGAGUCUUUGUCAAGGGUUGCAGCUGCUAUCACUGACAGUGAAGAGUGGAUUUUUGUGUAUGGGUCCUUUUGUUGGAACUGCAUUAUUGGUUAACUAUAGUGGGUUUUUGUCUGGUUUUGUUGGCAAUUCGUGCUUGGAAUUGGGGGAACAAGUACACGGGCUGGUUAUGAAGUUUGGUUUUAAAGACUCAACCUUAGUUUCUAAGUCUUUGAUCAAUAUGUAUGCAAAAUGUGGUGAAAUAUGCUUGACAGAGAAAUGCUUCAAUGAAGUUGCUGCUAAGGAUAUUGUUUCGUGGAACACUAUGAUUGGAGUAAUGGCAAAAAGUAAGAGACCAGAAAAAGGCUUCGUAACCUUUUUGAGAAUGUGCGAAGAUGGAACUAUUCCUAAUGAGACUACAUUUGUAAGUGUUCUUAGCUCUUGCUCAAGACUGAGGAACCCAUCCUUUGGGGAAUUUGUACAUGCUAAGGUAAUCAAGAGAGGCGCCGAAUCUGAUAUAUAUGUUGGCAGUGCAUUGGUCGACUUUUAUGGGAAAUGUGAUAAAUCUGAACUUGCUCAUCUUUGUUUUGACGAAAUAUCUCAUAAGAAUUCAGUUUCGUGGAACUCUUUGAUGGCCAGUUACGCAAAUAAGGACUCUUCUAUUCCCUUUUUACUACUGGAAGAAAUGGUUCAAUUGGGGUAUCGGCCAAAUGAGUUCUCAUUUUCUACACUUCUGAAAUCUUCACUAGCCUUGGAGGUGCAACAGCUUCAUUCAUUCAUAAUAAAGACUGGAUAUGAUGACAAUGAAACCGGGCAAUAUGAAAAGACGCAAGAUCUGUUCUCUGUUCUUGAAGAACGUGAUAUUGUUUCUUGGAACAUCUUGAUUGCAGCUUGCGCUCGAAAUGGUGAUUACACUGAAGCUUUUGAACUUGUUAACCAUAUGUUGAGAGCUAAGAUCAUACCAGACAGUUACACCUUUGCCAGUCCAUUCAGUAUAUGUUCAAAACUUAACAACCUCGCUUUAGGUAAUUCUCUCCAUCAUCAUUCCAAAGACUGGAAUCAACUGCUGUGA